AUGACCAUCGACAGCUUGUUCUUGCUCGACCUACUGUACAGAUACAAGUCACCCAACAUCGGAAUCAAGGAAGACUCAAUUUGGGAUGAUGACCCAGACUCCACCGUCAAAGACGUGAUGAUGGUGGAGAAUCAAAUUCCGACCUUUGUGCUGAGGGAAAUAAUGUUGCAGACCGAGAAUUCGAUGAACGAAGUGAGAGAAAAUGAAGAAGAUGAGUCCAUAGAUAGGAAGCUUGGGGAGAUGUUGACGAGGUUCUGUGAAGGGAUAUCACCUCUCGGGCUGGAAAUGUGCUUGCCGUCUGAAGCCAUUCAGCGUAAGCAUUUGCUCGAUCUCCUUUACAAUCUCAUCUUGGGAACAACAGGCCCAGAAGCAGCACAGACGAAGAAGAAUGAGCUUAGAAGUGCAAGGUUUUGCCGUCUGAUAGACAUGUUAUCGACACGAGCAUCAAAAGUCACUAAGGCAUGGAACAAGUUAUCGAAAUGCUCUUUCAUGAAGAAGCUGAAAGUGCUGAUCAAGCUCUUCUUCAAGAUGGUAUCAAUACUAGCAUCAAUAGUCACUGCAGCAUGGAACGAGUUAUCGAAAUUCUCUUUCAUGAAGGAGCUGAAAGAGCGAAUCGAGCUCAUCUUCAAGAUAAUUCAAGUGGCAAUGCAAUUGAUUCCCAGAUGCUCCGAGUACCUUUCAAAUGACCCUUUUCAAGAAAUCGUUAUGAUCCCCACAGCGUCAAAGCUCCGCAGCGUCGGGAUCAAACUAAGCUUGGCCACAGGAGGUAUCAAAACCAUUGCGUUCGAUAAGAAAACUGCUACCUUGAAGCUCCCUCAUAUCGAUCUGGAUGCUAUCACCGAAGUCCUGCUACGAAACCUUGUGGCCUACGAAAUGAUAUCGCAGAGGGGCUCCUUAAUUAUGACACGAUACACUGAGUUAAUGUAUGGCAUUAUCGACACCUCCGAGGAUUUGAAGUUGCUGAGGGAAGCGUCCAUUGUCUUGAACCGCCUGAACAACGACAACAAGGUCGUGGAGCUCUUCAAUGGAGUGUUUAAAUCCAUAGGUUCCAAAAGCACUGCGUCGAAGCUGGACGAGACAAUUCGAGAUGUCAACGAGUACUACAACAGCACUCGAAAGGUCAAGGCUUAUAAUCUCAUGAGGAAGUACGUCUACUCUUCUUGGAAGUUUCUCACUGUGGUCGCCACCGUUGUGCUCAUUUUGCUCAUGGUUCUGCAGACAUUUUACUCUGUAUUGAGUUGUCCUCGGUUAUUCAACAAAGCAUGA